CAUUACACUCCCUUUCUUUGCUUGAAUUUGAAGGUUGUUCUUUGCAUGAUUGUUAGGUGCAAUCGUGGUUUCUCAGUUUCUGAAUCGUGUAUUUAAGGCAUCGAAGAUUGGUGAUUUGUUAUAGGGUUUCAGUGUUAGGGUUUGCGUUUUUGUGCUGAGAAUUGGAUUGUGUAGCAAUGGCGGCUUCCAAUGGAGACAUGACUUCAACCCAUUCAGCACCAAAGCCUCCCCCUUCUCCAUCUCCUCUACGCAGUUCCAGAUUUAGUCAGCCGAAGCUACGAAUUUUAGUGACGGGUGGAGCUGGUUUCAUUGGCUCUCACUUAGUGGACAGACUAAUGGAAAAUGACAAAAACGAGGUUAUAGUGGUUGAUAACUUUUUCACCGGUUCAAAGGACAACCUGAGGAAAUGGAUUGGACAUCCAAAUUUCGAGCUUAUUCGCCAUGAUGUGACAGAACCUCUAUUGGUUGAGGUUGAUCAAAUAUAUCACCUGGCAUGCCCAGCUUCUCCGAUUUUUUACAAGUAUAACCCCGUAAAGACAAUAAAGACAAAUGUUAUCGGCACUCUGAAUAUGCUGGGGCUUGCUAAGCGAGUAGGAGCAAGAAUCUUGCUGACAUCAACAUCAGAGGUCUAUGGGGAUCCUCUUGAACAUCCUCAGAAGGAAGAAUAUUGGGGCAAUGUCAACCCAAUUGGGGUUAGAAGUUGCUAUGAUGAAGGGAAGCGUGUCGCUGAGACUCUGAUGUUUGAUUAUCAUAGGCAGCAUGGCAUUGAGAUUCGGAUUGCUAGAAUCUUCAACACUUACGGACCUCGCAUGAACAUUGAUGAUGGUCGUGUUGUCAGCAAUUUUAUAGCACAGGCACUCAGGAAUGAGCCUUUGACAGUCCAGUCCCCAGGAACACAGACCCGCAGCUUCUGCUAUGUUUCUGACAUGGUUGAUGGCCUUAUUCGACUAAUGGAAGGUGAUCACACUGGACCUAUUAACAUUGGAAAUCCUGGUGAAUUUACAAUGAUGGAGCUUGCUGAAACAGUGAAAGAGCUGAUUGAUUCUUCAAUCCUGGUUAAGAUUGUGGACAACACACCAGAUGACCCUCGCCAGAGGAAGCCUGACAUUACGAAGGCAAAUAAUCUCUUGGGAUGGGAGCCGAAAGUCAAGUUACGUGAAGGUCUCCCUCUUAUGGAAGAAGAUUUCAGACAGAGGCUUGGGGUUCCAAAGAAGUAAAACACCCACUCAUUUUUUCAUAUGCAUCCUUGACGAUUUUAUAUGGGCACCACAAGGCGGCAACUCAGGAGGAACUGAACUUUUAUUUAGGUUGGGUUUUUAUUAUAGUUUUGGCUUCUGGGAGCCCCAAUAAGUUGUUCUUUUGUUGAGGAGCAGGUCUCAGCGUUUCAUCAUUCUGAUGCUGAGAACUGUUAUUUUAAAGUAUCAAUCAACCAUCGGUUUUAUUUAAAGUAUCUAAAUUAAUAAAAGGCUAGAGCCAAUUCUGGUUUCCUUUUCACAAUUUCAAA